GUUAGGGUUUUAAUUUUUUUCUCUUCUUACCCAUUGCACUAGCCGUCACUCUCUUUCUCCCUCACCCUUACCCUCACCUUCGCCUCUCUCUCUCUCUCCCUCACCUGUUCGAAUCCGUACUCACAGUUCAGAACAACGAACUCGUGGAGCUAUAGUCAUGGAAAGUGUUCGUUGGGUUUCAACACAACGAGUUCUUGGUUUUGGCCACUAACGCCGUGAUUGGUAACGGAGGGACUGGCUUGCCGGCGAGUGUGGGGAACGGCACCGUUUGGUCGGGUACCUGAUGACGGAUCUGAAGACGGCAAUCGAAACAGCUAGGGACUUGACCCAGAUGCGAGUUCAGGUCAGCAUGGUCGGGACUCAGUUCGGUGUGGCUCCACCUGGUAUUCCUAUGCCUUCUAACAUUUCGCUUGUCAACGAUGGUUGGUCUUGUCCUAUGUCCAGUUCGACAGGAAAUCAACUAAGGGUGGUGGUGUCAGUUUUGAGCAAGUGGGUGUGUCUCUGGCUUUGGAAUUAUAUAUGUUCGAGAGAGAGAUUGCUGGCUGUGUCUCCUAAGCUGACCUCUUUGCCUGGACUCCUUGGGUUUUGUUACCAAUCUAGGAAGCAACCAUGUCUUUUGGGGUCUCUUCAAGUGAAAAGGGGUGUUAAACCUCUGCUUGGACUCGCUUCUUAUUGUUUGAAGAAGUUUGGAUUUUAUUGGUGGUGCUUCUGCUUCUGUGAUUCUCUUCCUAUAACAUUUUAGCAAAAUGAAGUUCAUGAAACUUGGAUCUAAGCCUGACUCUUUUCAGAUUGAUGGAGACAAUAUUAGGUCUACUUGCUUCUUUUGUAACUUGGAUCAGCCAAAUGCCACAGUUCGUUCUAGAGUCGGAAAUCCCAAAG